UCGGCGGGGACCGCGGGUGUGGGACAACUCCUACUUUCUGUCAGGUUUUGAUUGGCUUUCAAAAGAGGCAGUGUCCUAUAAAUUGCCGUCUCCACUCUGCUUCUGCACUAUUACCGGCUGAGGGACAGCAUAUUUGAAGAAGGAAGAUGCCAAUUGUCAAAAACGUGAGCAGAGCUGUCAGCCAGCUGCUACAGAGCGCUGGUUGUGGAUGUGGGAUUUCCAUUGUGCCUGUUCGAUGUAUUGGAGUCUCACCUCGCCAGGUGGCCUCCGAUGCUAGCUUUCACUCGGUUUCUUUUUCCGAGUCAGAUCAUCCUCGGGUGCUAAUUACAGGUGGUCUUGGCCAGCUUGGAGUGGGACUUGCUAAGCUUCUGAGGAAACGCUUUGGAAAGAACAAUGUGAUCUUGUCUGACAUUAGAAAGCCUGCGGAUAAUGUUUUUUAUAGUGGUCCUUUUAUCUACGCGGAUAUCUUGGACUACAAGAAUUUACGUGAGAUAGUGGUGAAUAAUCGGAUAACUUGGCUGUUUCACUAUAGCGCUUUACUCAGUGCUGUUGGAGAAGCAAAUGUCCCUUUGGCCAGAGCUGUAAAUAUUACUGGUUUACACAAUGUUCUGGAUAUUGCGGCUGAGCAUAAUUUGAGACUCUUUGUUCCAAGUACUAUUGGAGCCUUUGGACCCACCUCUCCUCGAGAUCCAACUCCUGAUCUCUGCAUUCAGAGACCAAGGACAAUCUAUGGAGUCUCCAAGGUUCAUGCGGAGCUCAUGGGAGAAUACUACCAUUACCGGUAUGGCCUAGACUUCCGCUGCCUGAGGUAUCCAGGAAUUAUAUCUGCUGACUCUCAGCCUGGUGGGGGAACAACUGAUUAUGCUGUCCAGAUUUUCCAUGAUGCCAUAAAGAUGGGCAAAUUUCAAUGCAACCUAAAGCCAGACACUCGUCUCCCUAUGAUGUAUAUUGAUGACUGUCUGAAAGCGACUCUAGAGGUCAUGGAGGCCCCUGCAGAGGCACUGAGCAUGAGGACGUACAACAUCAGUGCCAUGAGUUUCACUCCUGAAGAGCUGGCACAAGAGGUGCAGAAGCAUGUUCCUGAGCUCCAAGUGACCUACAAUGUGGAUGAAGUCAGGCAGGCCAUAGCUGACAGCUGGCCAAUGAACUUUGAUGACAGGAACGCCCGGAGGGAUUGGGGUUGGAAACAUGAUUAUGAUCUCCCUGAGUUGGUGACUACGAUGUUUAGCUUCCUUGGGUCUGACUCCAGGAUUGCUCAAGCUAACUGAAAUACUUUGUAAGAUGUUUCCAGAUUUCUACAGAGGACCAGGAAGAAAAGGCUAAAUUAGUUUAUAAUUUUCUGAGUCUUAGAGCAUGUCAAUUAUUAAUAUUCAUAAGUAGCAACAGAGUUGGGCAGAAACGUACUGUAGCUGGAAUGUACUAUUAGAUAAACAACAUCAUUUGGUACUGUCUCCAUGCACAGCACCAAUGACAAACACAGAAUUCUUGAACUUUCACACUUAAGCAGCUAGAAAAAAAAGCAAAAAAGCACUUACUCCUGGCUGAUGAUUCUCCAAUCAUUCUUGCUGCCUGCCUCUUCUUUGGCAAACAACAUGGGGCAAUAUUGUCAAACCUGGUGUUUCGGGCAUAUCCUGCAAAGUUAACAAUAGGUUUUUCAUUUUUCCUGAUGGAGGAUGUUAGAUCAUAGUAAGAUAUGAUCCUUUCUACUCCUUGCUUACAAAAGAGAGAUCAGAAGAGCAACUUCAUGUUUCCAAAUUGCAGGGGUCGUUGCAAUUCUAGUUUGAAAUCAAACUUUGGUCGAUAGUUCUUAUUUAUAUAUAUAAAAAAAUAUACAGUGCUGUAUAAAAAUACACUUUUUCUAUACAUAGGACAUACAAAGUAGCAUUAUUCUUAUAAUGCUUAUAAAUGUGAAGGGGAAUAGGACUUGAAUUCUCAUUAUGCUUUAAAAAACCAGGGUUUACAAGCUAAGCUUUGUCCUGUUCUUUGAAAGUGCUGCUGCCUUCAGUUUAACCUCAGAGGUAGAUCUGAAAUCCGAAGAGUUACAUGUAUAUGAAUCUGGGGUGUACUUCAAGAAGGCAAUGCCCAGGUAUGGGUUUAUUGUUAAUUAGCACUAGUUUUGGUUAUCCCAGUUGUUUGCCGCGCUAGCACGAUGGUAUACUGCCUGGAGCAAGUUUUAAAAGUGGGCUGAUGAUGGAGCCUUAUGGUAGAGUCAAGUCAGCCUUUGAAACCUGUUCAUGUUCCACGUGCACUGUAAGUGUAUUUGUAGAUGCUAUUUAUGUGUAACUGUCAUACGCUUUUAUUCUUUGGAGAGGGAUCCAGAAGCUGAAACCAUCUUCUAGCUGAAGUUAAGGGCUGUUCUGCUCAUUGAGUUUCAUGCGCAGGAGAUUCUGGGAUUAACAAGGGAGUCUUAGUAGAUGCAUGCAAGGAAGAUAUGUCUAUUCAAAAGCUGCUUGGGAGACUUUGAGAAAUGACAAACUGGAGAGACAGGAAAGCCAUUUUAGGUAAAAUACCAGUUUCCAUGGAUGUGAGUCUGAGCCAUCGGCUACUCUAGCUAUAGCAUGCCUUCAGAAACAGCAUCUGGGAACUUUUGAUUUUAUUUUUUUUCAAAGAAAAAAUAUCUUUCAUUUUCAGAAUGAGUGGAAAUUCCCUAUAUGAAGCUCUCCAUCUUUUUUUGUCUUGUAUACUCCAAUAGCGUGUGUAGGUAUACACGUUCAAGUAUUUUUUUUGCCUACAACUUGUUUGCUAUAUUUCCUGUGAUGAUGCUUUGGUAGUUGCGAGUCUGUUAUGUCCUCUGUAACCCUGUGGUGUUUCCUCAGUAAGUGGAUAACUGACAUGACUAGAUUUCUGUCUCUGUGAAGGAGUCUACAUGCUGCAGGGAAUAUGUUUUCUCCUGAAAGUAACCUUCAAAUGAAGAUUCUGUGGUGAAACCCAGUUAUUUUAAACAUUUGUUAAACUUGUAUCUUUUGGGUUUGUAUGUAUCUUAUUGUUUCAUCUGUUGGCAAAGUAUGCGUUUCCCAGGUAUUUAAGCUCAAAAGCCUCUAAGGUUAUGGCCUGUUAUUGAAACAUUUUUUUUAUAUUGUUUACGUUUCUGAAAGGACAAGUUUUUAAACUUUGGCCUCUGUUGUAACUAUCACAUUGUUCAAGUGUAGUAUUUGGCCCAAUGGGCCAGCAAAGUUGGCCCUCCAUUCAUACCCUACAAGGAAAGACUGGCUCAGAUUUUGGCCUCUGCCCUGUCAAAACAGGAUUAUCUCCUAGUAAACUGUUACACUGAGCUGUCACAUGAAGGGCUUUAAUGUGAGCUGAAGUGUCUUGUCCAUUCCAGUCUUUCAUAAUUCAGACCCUGGGGUCUCCUCAUUGCCUUUGUGUAAAAUAAAGAGUUGUUGACGGGUCUCACUCCAUUUCUUUGCUUCACUCAAAGUCACAGGGUCUUGUCCCCUCACCCUUGUUCAGAGCUCCAGUUCAUAGUAGCAAGAGUGAAGAGCAAGAAUGUUCAUUCCUCCGAAACACGCUGUCUUUGGUUGCGGCAUUGCACAAAAGCUUUGGAUAAGGUGUUACAGUGAAGGUGAAACUCAAACCUAUGGCAUUUUGAACAAAAUUUUUUCUUUUUUUUUUUUUUUUUUUCUGCCAAAAGUUGCUGACUUCAUUUAGGGGCAGCUGUUUAAGAAACUUUUAUUUUGCAAAAUCUGAAAUAAACCAUAUUGCAACAGAGAGUCAUUUGGAGGUAAGAAGGUGGUGGUAAUUGAGGAAUGUGAUUAGAUGUGUCUACAAGGUCUGAGUCCUGUUUGAAAUUCUGGCUUUCAACCUGUGACCAAUGAUGCAUGUAUUUUUUUUCCCUAUCUUUUCCAUUAACUUCUGUUGUAACUGUUACAGUAUUUUCUGUAUUAAACCAAUUUGAUGUGGUACAAAAUGUCUAACUUUUGCUACCCAUUUGAAGUUUGACUUCUGGGCAGAGACUUCUCUCAUGACAUUUGAGCAUUGUAGCUGUUAAAUUACCUAUUCAGGGAAAAAAAAAGUUGUUAAGAAUAUUUUUUCAAAUAUUGUAAGUUGUGGAUGAUGCCUACUUUAAUAAAAUCCUAUGCAGAUGUA